AUGACCCUCUGGAUAGACGCGGCGGAUUCGAAUCUGGAUAUGAGCCGCGCGUUCCCCCGCCACGUCGGCAUUGCGCACACGCGGUGGGCCACCCACGGCGCGCCGUCCCCCCGCAACUCGCAUCCUCAGUCGUCCGGUCCGAACCACGACUUCCUGGUGGUGCACAACGGGAUCAUCACCAACUACAAGGCGCUGAAGGGCACUCUCCAGAGGCACGGCUUCACGUUUGAAUCAGAGACAGACACCGAGGUGAUCCCGAAGCUCGCCAAGUUCGUGUACGACAAUCUGCUGCAGUCGGAAGGGGGUCAUGGCGGCGAGGGCAUGGCCAACGGCGUCUCGAGCAAGACAGCCAACGGAGGGUCUCCUGGGGAGCGAGUGGCGUUCACGCAGGUGGUGAUGGAGGUGAUGCGGCAGCUAGAAGGCGCCUACGCGCUGCUCUUCAAGAGCCCGCACUUCCCCAACCAGCUCGUCGCCUGCAAGCGCGGCAGCCCGCUGCUCUUGGGCGUCAAAGUCCCCUCCGACGGCCGGAAAUCCGCGUUUGAUAUAGUGGGAGCGGAGGAGCCUGGGGGCAUGGUGAGAGGAGGAGCCGUGGCGACCGGCCCUCGGGAGCUGUUUCUAGCGAGCGAUGCGAGUGCGGUGGUAGAGCAUACCAAGAAAGUCAUGGUUAUAGAGGAUAACGAGGUGGUGCAUAUCCGGGACGGGGUCGUUUCGCUGUUUUCGUUCGAGCCGGAUAAGGCGAAGCGCGGUUUACCGCCGACGACGGCGCUGCAGAGGGCUCUUUCUACCUUGGAGAUGGAGGUGGAGCAGAUCAUGAAGGGGAGUUAUGACCAUUUCAUGCAGAAGGAGAUCCACGAGCAGCCUGACUCGCUCACCAUGACGCUGAGGGGGAGGCUGAUUCACGGGAAAGCGGAUUCGCUGUCGCCCACUGCCCGCGUAGGCUCCUCCGCGCCUUGGUCAGAGGAAAAAGGGGUGCUGCUGGGAGGCCUCAAAGACCAUCUCCUCACCAUCCGUCGCAGCAGGCGCAUCAUUUUCGUCGGCUGCGGCACCAGUUACCACGCAGCGCUCGCCGUGCGUCCUCUGUUGGAAGAGCUCUCCGGGGUGGCGGUUCAGCUGGAGCUGGCUAGCGAUAUGUUGGACAGAAACGCGCCGGUUUAUAGAGAGGAUACGGCGGUGUUUAUGAGCCAGUCGGGGGAGACGGCGGACACGCUGUCGGCGCUGGAGUAUGCGCGGGCGAGGGGGGCGCUGUGUGUGGGUGUGACUAACACGGUGGGGAGUGCCAUCGCCCGCCGCACGCACUGUGGCGUGUUCAUCAACGCUGGGGCUGAAAUCGGCGUUGCCAGCACUAAGGCAUACACGAGUCAGAUUGCGGUGCUGGUGCUGAUGGCUCUUGCGAUUGGGGAGGACAGCAUUUCCACGAAGGAGCGAAGAGAGCGGAUCAUAGACAGCCUCGUCGACCUGCCCAGGAAGGUGCGCCAGGUGCUGAGGCUUGACUCAGAAAUCCAACAGUUGGCCAGAGAGCUGUCAGGCGAGCAGAGCCUGCUGGUGUUUGGCCGCGGCUACAACUACGCGACGGCGGUGGAGGGGGCGCUGAAGGUGAAGGAGGUGGCGCUGAUGCACAGCGAGGGCAUUCUGGCCGGCGAGAUGAAGCACGGCCCCCUCGCCCUCGUUGACGCCACUCUGCCUAUUAUCGUUGUUGCUACUCGCGACAGCACCUGCAGCGAGGACAUUCUGGCCGGCGAGAUGAAGCACGGCCCGCUCGCCCUCGUUGACGCCACUCUGCCUAUCAUUGUCGUCACCUCUCACGACAGCACGUGCAGCGGGGGAGGUGAGGAGGAGGGAAGUGGUGGUGGCUAUGGAGAGGUGCUGAAAUGUGGUGGAUGUGCGGAGCAAACUGAUAUGGCGGCGGGGGAAGCGGGGCGAAAUUUCUUGAUCGCGGUGGACGAAUCGGAGGGCAGUCGCCACGCGUUACAAUUCGCGUGCGAAAAGGUCGUCGAAGACAACGAUAGGGUUACCAUAGUUCACGUCCGACCGCACAUUGAAGAGGUGGAUUUCUAUGCCGCCCAGACCUACAAACAGGAGUUCGAGGCACAGUACCUUCGAGAUAGUCACACGCUGCUGGACAAGUACCAGAAACUUGCCAGUACCUACAAACCGUCGUUUAAGAACGAGUGGGUGACGAAGAGCGCGUGUGGCGACGCGAGGGAGAGGAUCCUCGAAGCAGCGAGCGAGGUCGACCCGGAUGUGAUUGUAUUGGGAAGCCACGGGCACGGCGCUAUAACGAGGUGGGUACAGCGCUAUAACGAGGGUGUUGCUGGGGCGUGCAAGUUCCUUAUCCCUCCCCUCUUCCCUCCCCUCUUCCCUCCCCUCUUCCCUCCCCUCUUCCCUCCCCUCUUCCCUCCCCUCUUCCCUCCCCUCUUCCCCCCCAGUUCCCCCCCUUUUCCCCACUCUCGUUUCAGAGCGUUAUUGGGGAGUGUGAGCGGCCACGUGGCACACACUGCCAGCCAACUGGUGUUUUUGGAAAGUGUGAGUUAUGACGUGGCACACACAGCCAAUUGUGCGGUCAUGAUCGUCCCUAAGUACAUGAGUGAUUGCAUCCCCCACCUUUUCCUGCUCACUUCCUCCUCCUUUUCUCUGUUCCUUCUUUUCCACUCUCACCUCAGGGUGUUAUUGGGGAGUGUGAGUGACCACGUGGCACACUCCUAA